CUGGUCUAUAGGUUAAAUGAUCGUUAAGUUGUGAAAAUUUUUGGGUAUAAAAGAAGCUAAAAUUUCUACAUGGUAUCAGUUGCAGAUUCAAGCUGACUUAAUAACAUUUUUAACAUCUAGAAAUAUGUCGAAACAAGUUAUCUUGUUUGCUAUAUGUAUAGCUAUUGCACAAUGUGCCAAGUUACCAAGAUUUGGUCCAGUACAAGUUCCUGUGUAUCAUGGUCAUGUUACUGCAUAUCAAGGACAAUCUUCAGUUGUCCAAGGUCAUGCUCCAGUUCAACAAUCACACUAUGAUGUUAAUCAAGGUGUUACCCACAGGCCUGUUGGAAUUGUACAUCAAGAUUCUCAAGUUAAUCCUGAUGGAUCAUAUCAUAAUGUCUGGGAAUCAGAAAAUGGCAUUAAAGUCCAAGAAGAAGCUUCUGUGAAGGUGCUUGCAAAAAAUAAAGUUGCACAUACUGUAACUGGUACAGUCUCUUAUACUGAUAAUGAUGGAACUCCAUUCGUGCUUUCUUACACUGCCGAUGAAAAUGGAUUCCAUGCUUACGGUGAUCAUUUACCAGUUGGACCACCAGUUCCACCAGCUAUUGCCAGAGCUCUUGAAUAUAUUAAGAAACAUCCAUAUGUUGAGAAAGAAGUUGUUGGUCAUCACCAUCAUCAUUUUGGGGUAGCUCCAACCGUCGAAGUUAAUUAAACAAACGAUUUGCCUACAUAUUGUACACUUUUAUGAAAAUAAAAUUAUCAUACUCAUAA